AGUCUUGUCCACUGUUGAUCACAUUCACUGUCCAGUUUUAUAGCCUGCACUCAGUCUGACUGGUUUCAUCCCGGUGCCAGAUCACAGUGGAAAAAACGGAGCUCAGAACACAGACGACUCAGCGUUUAACGAUUACAUGAGAGAAGCUUAGUGCGGAGGCACUGAAAGUAAUGAGGAACAGAACUAACUGAGAUGAUGUUUUAAAGGACACUGAGAUACAGUUCACAUCAGUUCUCAACAUGCCGGACAUCAUUCUUGAAGAGAUUUUUAUAAAACGGUCACAGCAGAAAAAGAAGACCUCACCUUUAAACUUCAAAGAAAGGCUGUUUGUACUCACUCAGGAUAAGAUAUCCUACUACGACUAUGACGCAGAAAAAGCGAAGAGGAAAGGCCUGAAAGGUUAUGUGGACAUUGAAAAGAUCAAAUGUGUGGAGGUGGUUUUACCAGAAGACAGCGCACCUCCUGACCGACUCUAUCCAUUUCAGAUAAUCUAUGACGAAGGUCCUCUUUAUGUAUUUGCUAGGACCGAUCAAAUUCGAAAGCACUGGAUAAAUGAGUUAAAAAAAGUGGUGCGAUUCAACAAGGACCUCACACAGAAGUAUCACCCGUGCUUCUGGGAGGAUGGCAUAUGGAAGUGUUGCCAGCAAGAGAUGAAGCAGGCAAUGGGCUGCAGGGUGCUGGACACCAAAAAUGGAGGGUUUCUCAAAAGGGGUUCGAAGAAUCGUGAUUCCAGGAAGCCUCUCCCACCAACACCAGAGGAGGAAAAGCCGCCCAGGCCUCUGCCCCCCCAGCCCCCCGUGUCCACCCCAGGCUUCAGUGUGGGCAUGACUGUUGUAGCUGAAUAUGAAUAUUUACCUAUGACUCCCCAGGACUUAGAGCUGAGAAAGGAUGAGGAGUACACACUCUUAGAAAUCAAUGAUCCCAAUUGGUUUAAAGCUAGAGAUACAUAUGGAAAUGAAGGAUACAUCCCAAGUAACUACAUCGCCCAGGCCUUAAAUGGAUUGGAGAAAUAUGAUUGGUACUGCAAGAACAUCAACCGUAGCCAAGCAGAGAAUUUGCUCAAAACAGAAAAUAAAGAUGGUGGUUUUUUGGUGAGAGACUCUGGCAAAUUUACUGGAAAAUACACUGUCUCUGUAUUCACCAAGGCUGGCGGAGAGAAUGUUGGCAGCUGCAGACACUACAACAUAUGCGUCACCGCAGAAGGCCAGUUCUAUUUAGCAGAGAAGCACAACUUCAGCACUAUCCCAGAACUUGUUAAUUACCACCAGCAUAAUGCAGCAGGUCUGGUAAGCAGACUAAAAUACAUUGUGUCAAAUCGAGCUCAGAGUGCUCCCUGCACUGCUGGUCUGGGUUAUGGAGGUUGGGAGAUUGAUCCCCGUCAGCUUACAUUUAUCAGAGAACUUGGCAACGGUCAAUUUGGAGUGGUAAAGUAUGGAAAAUGGCAAGGCCGUCAUGACGUGGCAAUCAAAAUGGUCAAAGAGGGCUCAAUGUCAGAGGAUGACUUCAUUGAGGAAGCCAAGGUCAUGAUGAAACUGUGUCACGAAAACCUGGUCCAGCUCUAUGGCGUCUGCACAAAACAGCGACCCAUCUACAUAGUCACAGAAUAUCUUGCCAAUGGAUGUCUGCUGAAUUACUUACAGGAUGUUCUGCAGCACCCCUCAAGUAUUUUGCUCCUUGAGAUGUGUAAAGAUGUCAGCGAGGGCAUGUCCUACUUAGAGAACAAUCAGUACAUCCACAGAGACCUGGCUGCCAGGAACUGUUUAGUAGACUCAAAUGGAACCAUUAAAGUGACUGAUUUUGGAUUGUCCAGAUAUGUUCUGGAUGAUGAAUACACCAGCUCAGCAGGUUCAAAGUUUCCAGUGCGCUGGUCGCCUCCUGAAGUCCUCCUUUACUGCAAGUUCAGCAGCAAGUCAGAUAUCUGGGCAUUUGGUGUUUUAAUGUGGGAGGUGUACACUUUGGGGAGAAUGCCAUACGAUCGGUGGAACAACACAGAGAUAGUCGAGAAAAUUACAGCAGGUCAUCGGCUUUAUCGCCCACAGUUGGCCAAUGACAAAGUUUAUUCCAUUAUGAACAUUUGUUGGCAUGAGAGACCAGAUGAGCGGCCCACAUUCAGCGAUCUUGUCACGAUCAUUAAGGAUUUGCUUUUCAAUAUGUAAUAAAAUACACGUAACUAUGAGCACCCUUGGACGUUAAGGAUACAGUCCCUCAUAUGCAAUCUUGUCUAUGGAAUAUCAAAAAUCAUUAUUUUUGUCAGUCUUGAAUAACCUCCAUAAUUUCUUUAAUCUAAGGAACCCAAUAAUGUGAAUUCAGAGUUAGACACUUCUAAAAAGUAGACUGGAAUGUGAUUUCUCACGUAACGGUCUUUCCUUGCAUU